GAAGUCUAUUGAUCCUAUUCUCCACGGAUGAUAAGUCCGUUAAGCAUCGAUUUAGGCCAAUUUAUUUUCGAAUGGCAUUUUCGUUAUUUCUUGAGCGAAGAAAGGCCAUUUUCUUUGGAUAUUGAAGGCUACAGAUCACGGAUUCGACCUGAGGUUAUUCUCCAACGAUGGUUGAGUCCAUUAAGCACCGAUUUGGUCGGAUUUAUUCCGGGUCAAUUUUUGGCAGAUUCCAAAGGGGUACCUUCACAGAUUUCGGGCGAUUUAUCCGAAAUGCCUUUUUUUCGUUUCUGGAGGCUACAGAUCACGGAAUCAGGCCGAGGCUAUUCUCCACCGAUAAUGAAGUCUAUUGAUCCUAUUCUCUACGGAUGAUAAGUCCGUUAAGCAUCAAUUUGGGCCAAUUUAUUUUCGGAUGGCAUUUUCAUAAUUGCUUGGGCGACGAAAGGCCAUUUUCUUUGGAUAUUGAAGGCUACAGAUCACAGAUUCGGUCUGAGGCUAUUCUCCAACGAUGAUUGAGUCCAUUAAGAACCGAUUUGGGCGUAUUUAAUCCGGGUUCAUUUUUGGCAGAUUCCAAAAGGGAACCAUCACAAAUUUCGGGCGAUUUAUCCUAAAUGCCAUUUUCUUUCGAUUCUGGAGGGUACAGAUCACGAAAUCAGGCCGAGGCUAUUCUCCACUGAUAAUGAAGUCUAUUGAUCCUAUUCUCCACAGAUGAUAAGUCCGUUAAGCAUCGAUUUGGGCCAAUUUAUUUUCGAAUGGCAUUUUCGUAAUUUCUUGGGUGACGAAAGGCCAUUUUCUUUGGAUAUUGAAGGAUACAGAUCACGGAUACAGCCUGAGGCUAUUCUCCAACGAUGAUUGAGUCCAUUAAGCACCAAUUUGGGAGGAUUUAUUCCGGGUCAAUUUUUGGAAGAUUCUAAAGGAGUACCAUCACAGAUUUCGGGCGAUUUUUCCGAAAUGCCAUUUUCUUUCAAUUCUGGAGGCUACAGAUCACGGAAUCUGGCUGAGGCUAUUCUCUACCGAUAAUGAAGUCUAUUGAUCCUAUUCUGCAUGGAUGAUAAGUCUGCUAAGCAUCGAUUUGUGCCAAUUUAUUUUUGAAUGGCAUUUUAGUAAUUUCUUGGGCGACGAAUGGCCAUUUUCUAUGGAUAUUGAAGGCUAAAGAUCACGGAUUCGGCCUGAGGCUAUUUGGAUAUUGCAGGCUACAGAUCACGGAUUCGGCCUGAGGCUAUUCUCCAACGAUGAUUGAGUCCAUUAAGCACCGAUUUGGACAGAUUUAUUACGGGUCCAUUUUUGGCAAUUUUUCAGAGGGGUACCAUCAAAGAUUUCACGCGAUUUAUUAGUAAUGCCAUUUUCUUUUGAUUCUGGAUGCUACAGAUCACGCAAUCAGGCCGACGCUAUUCUCCACCGAUAAUGAAGUCUAUUGAUCAUAUUCUCCACAGAUGAUAAGUCCGUCAAGCAUCAAUUUGGGCCAAUUUAUUUUCGAAUGACAUUUUUGUAAUUUCUUGGGCGACGAAAGGCCAUUUUCUUUGGAUAUUGAAGGCUAUAGAUCACGGAUUUGGCCAGGGGCUAUUCUCCAACGAUGAUUGAGUCCAUUAAGCACCGAUUUGGGCGGCUUUAUUCCGGGUCCAUUUUUGGCAGAUUCCAAAGGGGUACUAUCACAGAUUUCGUGCGAUUUAUCCGAAAUGCCAUUUUCUUUCGAUUCUGGAGGCUACGGAUCACGGAAUCAGUCCGAGGCUAUUCUCCACCGAUAAUGAAGUCUAUUGAUCCUAUUCUCCACGGAUGAUAAGCCCGUUAAGCAUCGAUUUGGGCCAAUUUAUUUUCGAAUGCCAUUUUCAUAAUUUCUUGGGCGACAAAAGGCCAUUUUCUUUGGAUAUUGAAGGCUACAGAUCACGGAUUCGGCCUGAGGCUAUUCUCCAACGAUGAUUGAGGUCAUUAAGCACCAAUUUGGGCGGAUUUAUUCCGGUUCAAUUUUUGGCAGAUUCCGAAGUGGUACCAUCACAGAUUUCAAGCGAUUUAUCCGAAAUGCCAUUUUCAUUCGAUUCUGGAGGCUACAGAUCACGUAAUCAGGCCGAGGCUAUUCUUCACCGAUAUUGAAGUCUAUUGAGUCUAUUCUCCACGGAUGAUAAGUCCGUUAAGCAUCGAUUUGAACCUAUUUAUUUUUUAAUGGCAUUUUUGUAAUUUAUUGGGCGACGAAUGGCCAUUUUCUUUGGAUAUUGAAGGCUACAGAUCACAUAUUCGGUCUGAGGCUAUUCUCCAACGAUGAUUGAGUCCAUUAAGCACCGUUCAAGGCGGAUUUAUUCUGGGUCAAUUUUUGGCAGAUUCCAAAGGGGUACCAUCACAGAUUUUGGGUGAUUUAUUCGAAAUUCCAUUUUCUUUCGAUUCUGGAAGCUACAGAUCACGGAAUCAGGCCGAGGCUAUUCUCCACCGAUAAUGAAGUCUAUUGAUCCUAUACUCCAUGGAUGAUAAGUCCGUUAAGCAUCAAUUUGGGCAAAUUUAAUUUCGAAUUGCAAUUUAGUAAUUUCUAGUGCGACGAAAGGCCAUUUUCUUUGGCUAUUGAAGCUAUUGAAGGCUACAGAUCACGGAUUCGGCCUGUGGCUAUUCUCCAACAAUGAUUGAGUCCAUUAAGCAACGAUUUGGGCGGUUUUGUUCGACGUCUAUUUUUGACAUAUUCCAAAGGGGUACCAUCACAGAUUUCGAGCGAUUUAUCCUAAAUGCCAUUUUCUUUCGAUUCUGGAGGCUACAGAUCACGGAAUCAUGCCGAGGUUAUUCUCCACCAACAAUGAAGUCUAUUGAUCCUAUUCUCCACAGAUGAUAAGUCCGGUUGAAUAUCGAUUUGGGCCAAUUUAUUUUCGAAUGGCAUUUUCUUAAUUUCUUGGGCGACGAAAUUCCAUUUUCUUUGGAUAUUGAAGGCUACGGAUUCGGCCUGAGGCUAUUCUCCAACGAUGAUUGAGUCCAUUAAGCACCGAUUUGGGCGGAUUUAUUCCGCGUCCAUUUUUGGCAGAUUCAAUAGGGGUACCAUCACAGAUUUCGGGCGAUUUAUCCGAAAUGCCAUUUUCUUUCGAUUCUGGAGGCUACAGAUCACGGAAUUAGGCCGAGGUUAUUCUCCACCGAUAAUGAAGUCUAUUGAUCCUAUUCUCCAUGGAUGAUAAGUCCGUUAAGCAUCAAUUUGGGCCAAUUUAUUUUCGAAUGGCAUUUUCGUAAUUUCUCCGGCGGCGAAAGGCCAUUUUCUUUGGAUAUUGAAGGAUACAGAUCACGGAUACGGCCUGAGGCUAUUCUGUAACGAUGAUUGUGUCCAUUAAGCACCGAUUUGGGCGGAUUUAUUCCAGGUCCAUUUUUGGCAGAUUCCAAAGGGGUACCAUCACAGAUUUCAGGCGAUAUAUCCGAAAUGUCAUUUUCUUUCGAUUCUAGAGGCUACAGAUCACGUAAUAAGGCCGAGGCUAUUCUCCACCGAUAAUGAAGUCUAUUGAUUCUA